AUGGACGUUCAACACCUGCUGCAUCUGCACUGGCCGGUUCCCGCGUACCUCUUCAUCGUCUCUUGUUUGGCCUAUCUCUUCGGCCCAAGGCUCGUGAAACUCAUCAAUGCUACCACCUUGGGCGCGGGAGUAGAGAGCGUCCCUUACUCUUAUCGGACUUCAUCUGGUCUUGAUCAGGCGGAGAAAGGAAGUCUGAAAAGACCCGAGGGCAUGUCGGAUGACGAGGUGUUUCAAUUGGAGAAGAGGGCUUUUUUCAGCAAGACAUGGCUGUACGUUACACACCGCAGCAGGUUCGACAAGGUCGGCGACUACCACGCCUUCGACGUGGCGGGGAUUUCCUUCUUCGUCGUCCUCGGCAAGGACACGAGGCUCCGUGCGUUCCACAACGUCUGUCGCCAUCGGGCCUACACCGUCGUCCGGAAGGCCUGUGGAACCUCGACGCGCUUCUCGUGCAAGUAUCACGGCUGGCAGUACGACGAUGCCGGACGUCUGGUCAAGGCGCCCAAGUUCGACGAGUCGCCCGGCUUCAACCCCGAGGACAAUGGCCUGUGGGAGGUGAAGCUGAUUGUGACGAGGGAAGGCCUGGUGUUUGUCAACUUCGACGCGAGCACCAUGAACCUGCCUUUCAACAACGUCAAAUCUCACGUCGACAUGGGAAGUCGAUCGUGGGUCGACGGCAUGGACGUGACGUGUGCUGCCAACUGGAAACAGCUCGCGAACGAAUUCUCAAGCCAGGCACAAUGGUCCCAGAACCCGUUUGGCUGGUUCUCUGGCUUCCGUCGCCCGAAAAUGGCACGCCUUCUCGGCCCUCUCAGUCUGGUCAAGGAGCUGGACCAGGACCUGUGGUGCACCCUGACACUGCUCCCACAUUCCUCCCAAGAGGUUGUGGUCAGAUGCGACAUCUACGCCAAGCAAGGUGAUCAACAAACCCCGACAAACAACAACAACAACAACAACAACAACGCAGUACAGAGGUGGAAGUGGCUGCUGGAAAGGGAGCUGAUGCAACUGUCAAAAUCCGACCAGACCCAAGCUUCACCGCCCGCCGCCGGCUCAUACUUUGCAUACCAGUGUGGAGGGCGCACCAUUGAUUUGUUCGCAAUUCUCGCACAGCAUCAGAGGAGCGAGAAGAUGGCAAAGAAGAAGCUGCAGCCGGCAAUUCGGGUGACGGGGACAACCGACGUCGAUGCGGAAGCCGAGGCCCUGUGCGACAUCCUCGACGGAGUAAGCGACAACAGCCCGAGUCUGGAAAAGUUCUCUAGGAAAUCAAGCUUUCCCCAGCUGCUGGAAUGGUAG